UCAUUUCCUAAUCUUUUGUGCUUUCAUGGCUUUGGAAUAGACUAUUGUUAGCUUCUAGAGACUCUUUUUAGGAGUCUGCGUCAUCAUGGAGGUUGUAUAUUUCAGUAACGAGUUCCCUAAAGAUGAUCUCUCGGAGAUCUUCAGACACUUGCACAACCAAAGCAAGACCACCGAGCACGAAAUUCUAGCCCGCUUCCUCAGAGACGCAACAAGAGCAGUCAAGAAUGAGAUUGAAAGGCUACCGUCGAUUUUGAAAAACGAGAUCCCUACAUUCGAAACCCUCAUCUCUUGGGUAGAGAAGAAGGAGCUCCGCGAGGGUGAACUAUGUGGCGCGGUCGAUGGAGUUCUGCUGAUACUCGUUCAACUCGCGGUUUACAUAUUUAAUGCUGAAAAUAGCAAUGAGUCAACAUUCUCGCACGAUGAAAAGCACCUCACGGGCUUGGGCGUCGGUUUGCUUUCCGCUACUGCGGUUGCUCUAGCUCGAGACAUUUCUGAAGUAGCUUUCUACGGUGUACAAGCGAUCACAAUUGCCUUCCGCAUGGGGGUACAUGUACAGGGUGUCUCACAUUAUCUAGAAGCUCGAGACCCAACUGAACCCCCAAAGACAUGGGCUUAUGUAGUCCACAACGUUGAUCCCCAGGAGACGAAGAAAGAGCUUGAAGCAUACCAUGAAGCAGUGCCCAGUUCGGAUACCAGUCGUAUUUUCAUCAGCGCCAUCAGCCGAACAUCUGUCACAAUCAGUGGCCCGCCUUCAAAACUUGAAAAUCUCUUCAAGAAGGCCACAGCAUUCAGAGACGCUAAGUCCAUUGCACUGCCCGUUUACGGAGGCCUUUGUCAUGCUCCCCACAUCUACGACUCUCACGACAUAGAGGCUAUUGUUCAAGACGUUGUUGCUUCAUCGGAUCGACUUGUUUCGCAAAACGAACCAAGAUUCCCACUUUUCUCGACAAGCUCCGGUACUCCCUACACAUCAUCCAGCCCCGCAGAACUGAUCAAGAGCGUUGUAGGAGAGCUCUUGACAAGACCUAUUGAGUGGGACAAAGUCAUUGCACAGGAGGUUGACUAUGCCAAGCAGAACAACCGAACUCAAAUCAGGCUCUCUUGCUUUGGGAACUCCAUUCCAUUGAAUGAUCUGCGUUCUGAGUUGCAAAAGGCUUCCAAGGAUACUUCUAUUUCCUUGAAUAACUACAUGUCGGCGCUUCUCAAGGGUGCCACUGAGAGUACAACCCCUCGAGGUCCAGCGCAAUCCAAACUCGCCAUCGUGGGAAUGUCUUGCAGGCUUCCAGGCGGAUCAACGGACACCGAGAAAUUUUGGGAAGUGCUCGAAGCAGGGCUCGAUGUCUCUCGCCAGAUACCUGCAGACCGAUUCGACAUCAACACGCACUAUGACCCUGAAGGCAAGGAUCUCAACAAGACUAUGACGCAAUACGGAUGCUUCAUCGACGAGCCUGGCAUGUUCGACCCGAGUUUCUUCAACAUGUCGCCGCGAGAGGCAAUGGUUGUUGAUCCCCAGAUGCGACUCUCGCUUGUCACUGCGUACGAAGCAUUAGAACGGGCAGGCUACGUCGCCAACAGGACUCAGUCAACCAAGCUCCAGCGCAUCGGAACAUAUUAUGGCCAAGCAGCUGACGAUUAUCGCGAGGUAAACCAAGGACAGGAAGUCGGAACCUAUUACAUUCCGGGAGGAUGCCGUGCUUUUGGACCUGGUCGCAUCAACUACUUCUUCAAGUUCGCCGGUCCCAGUUACAGCAUUGAUACCGCCUGCUCCUCGGGUCUCGCGGCUAUCGAAGUCGCUUGUCAAGCUCUUUGGAGUGGUGAGGUUGACACUGCUGUAGCAGGUGGAGUCAACAUCCUUACAAACCCUGAUGGUUUCACUGGUCUCUGCAAGGGCCAUUUCCUAACUAAGGGCCAGAAUGCCUGCAAGACUUGGGACGCCAGUGCCGAUGGCUACUGCCGCGCCGAUGGCGUGGGAUCGGUUGUCAUCAAGAGACUCGAAGAUGCACAGGCUGAUAAGGAUAACAUUCUUGGUGUCAUCCUUGCUGCAGGCACCAACCACUCAGCAGAGGCUGUCUCCAUCACCCAUCCGCAUGCAGGACAUCAAUCAUAUUUGUCACGCCAGAUCAUCAGGCAGGCAGGUAUUGAUCCACUGGAUGUUUCAUAUGUGGAGCUUCAUGGUACCGGCACUCAAGCUGGUGAUUUCGAAGAGAUGAAGGGUGUCCUAGACGUGUAUGCUCCAAACACCUUCCCCAACCGCAGGUCCGAUCAGAAGCUACACAUUGGAAGCGCCAAGUCGAAUGUCGGCCACGGGGAAUCAGUGGCUGGAACAACAGCACUUAUCAAGGUGUUAUUGAUGCUGCAGAAGAAUGCCAUUCCUCCACACAUUGGUAUCAAAACCGAGGUCAACCCACGCCUGCCAAAGGAUCUAGAUCAGCGAAACGUCGCAAUCCCGUUCUCAAUGACCGAAUGGAAGAGCGAUGGCAAGAAGAAGCGUAUUGCGGCUGUAAACAACUUCGGAGCUGCCGGCGGCAACACUAUGAUGCUUUUAGAGGAAGCGCCCCCAGUCGCGGUGGCACGUGAGAAGGAAACCAGGCCAACACAUGUCAUCGCCGUGUCCGCGAAGACCAAGACCUCCUUGCGCAACAACAUCAACCGCCUCCUUGUAUAUCUCGACAGAAAUCCAGAUGUUUCCAUUUCGGAUCUCGCCUACACCACGACUGCACGCAAGUACCACCACUCGUACAGGGUUGCAGUUAGUGCUACCGAUCUUGCCUCGGUGAAGAAGCAACUGUCAACACAGAUCAAUAAGGUCGAUUCCUUAAAGCCCUUGAACAAGACCAACCCGCCGUCAGUGGCAUUUGUUUUCACUGGCCAGGGCGCCUCGUAUCAAUCCAUGGAUCUCGAACUGUACCACGAAGCACCAGUCUUCCGAGAGCACAUUCAAUAUCUCGAUAGACUUGCUCAAGCCCAAGGCUUCCCUUCCUUCAUCCCAGCCUUGGAUGGCUCCCACCCACGCGACCACGAGCACCCUCCUGUCAUCACCCAACUGGCGCUGGUUUGUCUCGAGAUUGCGCUAGCUCACUACUGGGCUUCUUUGGGCGUUAAGCCUGAUGUUGUCAUGGGACACUCCCUCGGCGAGUAUGCAGCUAUGCAUGUUGCUGGAGUCAUCAGUGCGAACGAUGCCAUCUACAUGGUUGGCUCUCGGGCAUUGAUGCUCCAGAAGUCAUGCACGCCGGGCAGCCACUGCAUGAUGGCUGUACGCGCGUCUCUCGAGUCUAUCAUCAGCGCAUCGAAUGGCAAGCCACACACUGUAGCCUGUAUCAAUGGUCCCACCGACACGGUUCUAAGCGGUACUAAGGCACAGAUGGACGACAUUGCUAUAGAUCUCGAAGCAGCCGGAUUCCGUUGCAUCAAGCUCAAUGUGGCGUUUGCAUUCCACUCCGAACAGGUCGACCCGAUCCUCGAUGAGUUCGAGGCGAUUAGCAAGAGUGGUGUCAUUUUCCACGAGCCCAAGCUUCCUGUUGUCUCACCUCUUCUCGGCAAGGUCGUCUUUGACGGGCGGUCGCUUAACGCUAGCUAUGUGCGAAACGCUACACGAGCAACGGUUGACUUCCUGUCUGCUGCGAAGAACGCUUGCGAUGUGUCAAUCAUCAAUGAAGAGACUGUUUUCAUGGAGAUGGGUCCUCAUCCUGUCUGUGUCGGAUUCAUCAAGUCCAUUUUCCCAUCGACAAAGACCGCUGUCCCGUCCAUUCGUCGUGGAGAUAACAACUGGAAGACCAUCUCCGAGAGCGCAGCAGCUAUUCAUCUUGAUGGCGUUGAUGUGGACUGGAAUGAGCUCCACCGUCCUUUUGCGGAUGCAGUGCGUCUUCUCGAUCUUCCGACAUAUGCUUGGGAUGAGAAGAACUACUGGAUCCAGUACAAUGGCGAUUGGUGCUUGACCAAGGGCAAUACCUUCUACGACAAGAAGGUCGAGGCGGCAGAGCCUGCAGUUGGCAAUACCAAGAAAUACGAGUCCUUGAGCUCUUUGGUACAGAACAUCAUUUCAGUCGAUGUAAAUGGAGACCAGGGCACUGUGGUCAUGCAGUCGGACUUGAUGCAGAAGGACUUUUUGGCUGCUGCACAUGGACACUCUAUGAACAACUGUGGUGUUGUUACAUCAUCUAUUCAUGCCGACAUCGCAUACACUUUGGGAGAGUACCUCUACCGCAAGUUCUACCCAAAGACAAAGCAAGUGGAUAUGAAUAUGAGCAACUUGCACGUAACCAGUGCCCUGAUCGCCAAGAAGCACUCCAUGGACACUCCUCAGUCCAUCCAGGUUACUGCCAGCACCAUCGACAUCAAGAGUGGUGUUCUCGACCUGACAUGGCAAAACGUCGAAGAAGACGGAAGCCUUUCGGAGCCAUUCGCAACCGCCAAUCUCGAGUAUGGCAAAGCAGACGACUGGCUAUCGAGCUGGAGUCCCAUGGCGCAUCUAGUCCAACACCGUAUCGAGUCCUUGGAGCAGCUCGCUGCCGAGGGCAAGGCCAACCGCUUCUCACGCAACAUGGCCUAUACCCUUUUCGCAAAGAACCUCGUCGACUAUGCCGACAAGUACCGUGGCAUGCAGUCUGUUGUCAUGAAUGAUCUCGAAGCCUUCGCCGAAGUGAAGCUCAGCGAUAAAGUCGACAACGGAACCUACACCGUACCCCCCUACUUCAUCGACAGCGUCGCCCAUCUCGCCGGCUUCAUCAUGAACUGCUCCGACACCAUCGACACCACAAACAACUACUGCGUCACCUCGGGCUGGAAAACCAUGCGCUUCGCCGAGCCCCUUACCCCCGGCGCUCGAUACCGCUCCUACGUCAAAAUGAUCCCAACCAAGGAUGACCCCUCCGUCUACCUCGGUGACGUCUUCAUCCUCAGCGCAGCAGACAACUCCAUCGUCGGCAUGGUCGGCGGCAUCCACUUCCGCCGCUUCCCACGCGUCCUCCUCAACCGCUUCUUCACCGCGCCCCAGCCCACCAAGGGUGCCGCUCAACCCGCCAAAUCCGCUGCAGCACCCGCACCCAGCAAGCCUGCCGCACCACCCAAAGUGCAAGCAGUCCAAACAGUACCGGUCGUACCCAUCGCUCUUAAAGAAGACGACACCCAGUCCUCCGCCAGCGACAAUUCCGACCGCGACACCCCCUCCGAAGCCUCCGUCAACACAUCCGCCACCAGCGUCGACGUGCCUGUUUCUGCGCCCCGCGCUGCUAACAGCACCGUUGACAAAGCCAUCGAUCUCAUUGCCAAGGAAACGGGUAUCGACGCUGCCGAGCUGACAGACGAUGCAGAGUUCGCCAACUUGGGUAUUGAUAGUCUCAUGUCGCUGGUGUUGUCCGAGAAGUUCCAGAAUGAGCUGAGUGUCAAGGUGAAUGGGAGUUUGUUUUUGGAUUAUCCGACGAUUGGGGAUUUGAGGGAGUGGUUGGAGAAGUAUUAUGGGUGAGAGAUAUAUGGAUAAGGUUAUUCUCAAAUUGUUUCUUUUUUUCUUUCUCUUCUUUUUGUGUGUUAGAUGGUUGGGUAGUUUUUGUUUGAAUUUUUUUGUUUGUUUUCCUUUGUUUUGAAGUUGGGGUGUUUCCUUGAUAGAUUGUGUGUUUUGUAAACUGUUAAUCGAUCGGAUAAUUUGAAGAUUUUUUUUCUAGACUUGAUUUGUUCAUCGGAUACUCUAAUAAACAAUGAGAUUGCAUGACAUCAAAUUACUUGUUAAGUAGAUAUUGACAUCAGAGUUCCGAAUAAGAUCACACUGCUAUCCUGAUAG